AUGCCGGAUGGUGGGGACAUUCAAUCAGUAGUCCUAUAUAACUUUAUCAAUUCUGAUUCUGUUGCUUCGGAGAUAGAAGUCCCUGUGCCUCUGCCUGAGUAUGUAAAUGUUGAUGAGUAUGUGGCUAAGGUUGGAGCUGCUGGAGGUUUGACACAAUCAGAUGCAAGCGAAAUUGCAUGUAAUAUAAAUAAGCUGGUCUUGGAUGAAAUUGGCAAGAUUAAUGAUGAGAGAGAUGACUUGCUCAUAACCAAUGCUCUUGCUAAAGGUCGGAUUUCUUUUGACGAGUAUUAUUCAACAAAGUCUAAUGAGCCCGUUUCGAGUCAGCAAAUGUCUUUUGCUGAUCAAUUCAAUUGUAUAAUGCAUAACUCGCCGUGUGAUCAUCUUACUCUCCUCAUGAAGAAAGAAAUCGAGAUGGCUGCGGAGAUGUCGCACUUGUUACGAGCAAGAACAUGGGAAGUAGAGCAGCUGACGGAAGAGUGUGAAAAUUUACUUCGCUCUUCUGAAUCAAAUGACAUGCAUCCCCAUCAGCUCAGUAAAUUGAACGAAAAGCUGCGGCAAGUUCAUGGCUCAUAUGCUUGUCAAAUUGAAGCUUUGGCGGAACAGCAAAGAAAACAUUUCAAAGCCAUGGUCGAGGCUGUUUAUCAAGCCAAAGGAAACACCUUGAACUUACCGGAAGAUAUAGCGAGUGAUUUCCAAGCAGCUUCCAACACUUCCUACUCCUGUCCUCAGUCUGUCGUGUCGACCAUUGAUGAGAGUUUCACGAUUUACAUCGGUGCUCAACUGAAGUCGAUGCACAAUGUGCGAAUUGUCACCGCACCUGAUCUCGUUUCUCUUGUGGUUCCUCAGAAGAUUGAUGAUAUAGGUGGCAGAUUGCAAUUGGCCAUGUCUUUAUAUGGGCGUUCACUCACUGCAGUCAUUCUAUUAGUCCCAAAAGAUCCAAUGCACCACAUUAAUAUGCAGUCCGACUUUUUCAAGGCGUGUGAACAUUCCACAGAAUUACAUUUUGAGCCUCUGUCUGCACAAUUAAGACAAAUAGCAGAAUCGACAAAGAAUGCGAACAUCUGGAGAGGAGGGAAUUGCCCAGUUUCAACAGACGGUGAUGCAAAUGUGCCCAGCAACACGAGGACUGAUUCGUCCCUGGCUGUUGGAGAUGUUUACAUUACGAAGCAUUCAAAUUUGAGACAAUCUCAAAUUGUUUUCCAUCUGGUCGUGGAUGAACAACUACAAACUACAGAGAUAUCUAGCAGACAUGCUUGUUUCAAUGGUCUGAGAAAUAUCAUACGACUGACUACCAAACUAGGGAUUACUUCAGUUUUUCUCCCGUUGCUGCUGAUUGAUAAACCCUCAGAGACUUCAACAGUGACCUGGUGUUUACGUAGAGCUGAGAUGGUUUACAAGUGUGUGAAAGGAUACCUGAUGGAGGUAUGUGGUUCAGCCUGUGGAGGAUCAUCAGCUCCUGUCCCUCAUUAUAAUAUUAAUUUUGUCCUGCCGGCAGGACUAUCGGCUUCCAUAUAUGAACAGAUACUCAGCAUGUUACCUUCCAUCUUUCAUCUUGUACCUAAUGUUACAGCUACAGAUGAUUAG